CUAUUUUCAAACUACCGAUAAAUCUAACACCAGCUUAUCGUUAUCGAUAUUUACUUAAAAGUACUGCACCGAGAAUCUUUGUCAUUAAAAAUAUUGUUUACAUGCAGAGGCUUUUGUUAUAAACUUUUGGAAUGGCUGACAAAUCUGUGGCAAAUAAAAAGCAAUGUGAUGAUGCAAAGCCCUCAACAUCUUCCGCAGCCAGCGCAGAUGUCAAUGAGGACCCACUUUUUCCGCCACCCAAGCCAGGCAAAGCUCCCAAUUAUGGCACCAACAAUACUUUAGAGCUGCUGGAACGCAUACCAAGCCAAAUGGUAGAUCUCAAGUUAAACGAAGUACUUACUGCCGUCAAAACAGUAGAUAAUCUCUGUGAUUAUCCCAAGUGUAAAACUAAAACGAGUCUAAUGGGCCAGGACUGUGAACUCUGUAAGAAGCGUUUCUGUUUUAAACAUGGCCUGCCCGAAGUGCAUGGAUGUGGGAUGGAGAAAAAACGAGAGGAGCGUAAGAAUUUCUUACAUCCAAAGCCAUUAAAGACUGUGCGACAUGAGGAGGAUCUGAAAAAUGCAAAAAAGAAGUUAAAUGAAAAACUUAAAAAUAUGCAAGUGGGACGCACGCAAAAGGCGCCAACUGGCAGCAGUGGAAAAAAGAAAAAAUAAUUGUUAUUAUAGUCAUCAUAAAUUUCAAAUUUGUUUUAUUAAACGGU